GAGCCUGUCGCUCUUCCCUCCCCGCAGAGUCGAACCCGGAAAUAAGUUCCGGAAGAGGCUCGGUAACCUCCGGAAUGUUUCACUUCUGCACGGAAGCACUCGGCAGUUUCCGCCUCGGCGGAAGGGACGGGCCGGCCAUCCCGUGCCGAGUUCGGGAAUUUACGGCCCUUCUCGUCCUUUUCCGUCUCUCCUCCUUCGGCCCCGCCCCUUUGGUCAGGUUCCUAACGAAGAUGGAAGCGACCGCGGGAGUCGCGCGCUGAGCCGGGAGCGGACGCAGGAUGGCCGAGCCGCUGCCCCUGUCGUACGUGACCACGCAGGAGAUCCGCUGCCUCCUCCACUGGCUGUCGGGCUGGGCCCCAGCCCAACGGGAGCGCUUCCUCCAUGACCUGGUGGACAAGGCCGUGCCCUGCAAGGUGCUCCCUCUUCUGGAAGGGCUCGCGGGACUCAGCAUGGAGCCCGGGAAGCCGCCGUCCAUCUUUGAGUGCCAGAUGCGCUUGUGGGACCAGUGGUUCCGGGGCUGGUCGGAGGCCGAGCGGAACGAGUUUGUGAGGCAGCUGGAGGAGGUGGAGCCGAGCCUGGCCUCCCGCUUUUAUCAAGAGGUGGCCAAAACAGCCGGGCAGGAGUGACGGGGACUCUCUCCUCUUCCGGUUCCCCCCGAGUGUUCUGCAGCGAACUCGCUCUUGUUGUGCUGGACUGAUUCUGCCCCCCUCCCCCCGCCGCCGCCAAGGAAUUGUCAAUCCAUGUAUGGCCAGGAGUCAUUGCAAAAGAGAAUAAAAGGGUA